AUGGCUGUCUACCAUGAAGAUGGAUUCGAUGCUCACUUUGUUAAACCCCUCAAUGAUCGAUACACAUGCCCCAUUUGCCACUUGGCAGCACGAGAACCAAUGCUGACCAAGUGUGGUCACCAAUUUUGCCAGGAGUGCUUGAGGCCCCUCAUUAGGGAUGGUAAUGUGACGUGUCCUGUGUGCAGGGAGGAACUGAAGGAAUCAGAAAUGUUUCUAAACAACAUGACGAAACGCGAGAUUCUUAGUUUGAAGAUUUAUUGUGACCAACGUGAGAAAGGCUGUAGCUGGCAAGGUGAACUAAGACAGCGUGAUGAACACAACCAGGAAUGUCGCUAUGUAGCUGAAGCGUGCAGCAAUGACUGUGGAGAAUUGGGAAUGAGAAUAGUCAUGGACUAUCACAAGCAGAAUAAGUGCAAUCGCCGAAUUGUGGGUUGUUGCUACUGUGAUGCACAACUGGAAUAUGGACAGUUAACUGUUCACUAUGAGAUGUGUGAUAGUUACCCUGUUGACUGUCCUUAUGAGUGUGGAACGCAGGUUGCUAGGAAGUACGUGGAGGUGCACAUCAGCAGAGAGGGUGUAUGCCCCACCAGUCCUCUACAGUGCGAUUUUGCAUCAGCUAGAUGCCAGUUCAUUGGGAAUAGAGAGCAACUACAAGAUCACGUGGACAAGAACAUAGUCUAUCAUCUUAGUUUGGCUAUGCAAACAGUGAGCAAUGUACAAGAGAGAUUGGCGAGUGCUGAAAAGAAACAAGCAGAAACAGACAAUGAGUUAGCAGCUGUUAAGAAAACACUGCAAAAUACAGACAAUGAGUUAGUGGCUGUUAAGAAAACACUGCAACAUACAGAAAGUGAGUUAGUGGCUGUUAAGAAAACACUGCAAAUGACAGACAAUGAGUCGGCGGAUGGUAACAGAACACUGCAACAAACAGAAAGUUUAGUUUUAGCUGCCAACUAUAAAACAUUCACCAAACUUUUGGGUGGCGAGCGCCUAGAGAAAGAUGAUCAGAAACAGUCAGUGGAAUACGUGAAAGCUUUACUAGACAAACGGAUACAAAUUUCAUUUGAAAUGGGCGACACUUUUGUACACCUGUGGAAGAUAAAGUCACAACAAUUAGCACAAUUGAAAUCACACAAACCACGUCCAUGCACAAUUUUAUCUAACAAAUUCAACACCGGAAAUCUAGGUUUGCAUUUACAACUUGAACUUUUUUGUCAAUCAAUAUGGUCUAGUCCAUACACAUUUGAAGCAAAGGUGUACUGUUGGGGUCAACAACGUAACAAGAAAUUGCACAAGUCAAAGUAUUUGAUGUCAAUUUUGCUGCAUGAUAAUCAUCGUUACAGCUCAAGAGUCGAGAAAGAGAUUGACUUUAGUCUCCCGUCUACUCCUGGGCAGUUUUGCGACUUAGAAAAAGAUUGUUUGUUUGUGGUUUGUCCAAAAUUUGAACACGGUUAUAACCGGCUGGAAGAUGGGUUGUUAGCUGUCUUUGAGUUGCAAUGAAAACUCUAACCAUUUAUUAAUUUGUUGGCUACAAGUGGUUGGGAGAUGGGCGCUCUAUAAUUAGCUGACAGUUUGUGAUCAUUUGACAAUAAAAUACUUAACUUAGGCUGUCUUGUGCUGGAUGCAGGAGUUCUAUACUGUUGUAUGCACUGGGGUUUGUAGUUGGUGUAAUACAGUUGCU